UGUCACGGUGAAGAUUCAAAUACUUGCAGAGAUACUGCGAUGAUGCACGAUUUUUGUGACUCCUUAGCCAUGCCUGACAAACUCGACAGUCCACAGAUAGCAAAAAUAUCUGAACUGCCCAUGAAGCACAAUACACGUCAAUAGUGCGGCGAAAAAGAAACUGCCUGGGUCUGCAUUAUCAAGCGGAUCCACACUUCGUACCACACUCCAUACCACCCACAGAGGAGGGGUUCCGAGGCAUGUUUAGUGGCUACGUCAAGAUUCUGGACUAUAUUAAUGGAGAACACGUCUAUGAUCAUAUCUGAAGUGGCUCCAUUUCCAACACCUUAUGAUCAGGCGGCUGUAUAAAUUGACCUUUUUUAACACGAUGAACAUGGCGCCGGUCGAGAAAUCAAGUACGACUCUAGAAUACGAUCUCUUGAUCAUCGGGGCAGGAAUAUCUGGGAUCAAUUGCUCCUAUAGGCUGCAGACGAAGCUACCUCGCCUCAAGUUUGCUGUUCUCGAGAACCGCAACGAUAUUGGAGGCACUUGGGAUCUGUUCAAGUACCCUGGAAUCAGGUCGGACUCAGAUCUCUUCACCUUUGGUUUCUCAUGGCAUCCUUGGCCACAUCCGACUCCAAUUGCAGAAGGACCGCUCAUCGUGUCCUACAUGAAAGAAUGUGUGUCAAUUUAUGGCCUUGACAAGUAUAUAAACUUGCGGCACAAGGUAUUAUCUGCGGAGUGGUCGUCGAAAACGAGGAAAUGGACUCUUGAUGUGGACAAUGAUGGCCAACGGAAGGCCUACAAAGCCAAUUUCGUUGUUCUCGGGGCAGGCUACUAUGACUAUAAUCAAACAUUGCCAGUCGAGAUCCCUGGAAUAGAAAGAUUCCAAGGCAAAUUGAUUCACCCUCAAUUUUGGCCGGCCGAUUACGAUUAUACGGACAAGAAAGUUGUCAUCGUAGGAAGUGGCGCCACCGCUAUCACACUACUCCCCAAUCUAGCCAAGAAAGCUGCUCAUGUUACGAUGCUGCAGAGAAGCCCUAGCUAUAUUGUCGCUUCUAAGCAAAAACCAUCGGGCAUCAUUGAUCUCCGCAGAUUCUGCCCCCAGUGGUUGAUUGACUACUACCAGCGGUGGUGGUUCUUGGUAUUUCCACAGCUUUUCGUCAUCAUGUGCGAGUGGUUCCCCCGGUUGAUGAAGCAGACGGUACAGAAGGAAACACUCAAGCUCCUACCUUCUCGGAUUGCACUGAAACCUCAUUUCGAGCCAAGCUACUACCCGUGGCAGCAACGCCUUUGUUUUGCACCGGACGGCGACUUUUACAAAGCUCUUCACACUCCAAAGGCUGAUGUUGUCACGUCACAUAUCAAAACAGUGACCGAAGACGGCAUAGAGCUGGAAAUCGGUAAGAAAUUAGAUGCAGAUUUGAUUGUUACUGCUACUGGACUACGAAUGCAAUUCGGUGGCGGUAUUCCAUUACGCAUUGACGGAGAACCUUACGACUCGGCGCAGAAAUGUAUGUGGAAUGGUGCAAUGCUUGAAAACGCCCCGAACUUGUUCUUUAUGGUCGGUUAUGUCAACAAUUCUUGGACAUUGGGGGCGGACGAUACAGCUUUCAUCAUUUGUCGUCUACUCAAGGACAUGCAAAAGCAAAAUCUCCACGUCGCCGUGCCCCGGAUACCCGGAGGUUCUCAGAUGGAUCGAAAAUCCUCGUGGCAACUUACCUCGACAUACGUGCGAGCCGCCGAGGAACACCUGCCAAGUGCUGGAACUAAAGGCCCGUGGCGACCGAGGAAGAAUGUGAUCAAUGACUAUUUCCAUUCCAGAUGGGGUAACAUCACUAGCGGCCUCCACUUUGUAUGUUAAUGGGUCAAGUUGCUUUUGUCUCAGCUCGGAUUUCGGGUCUCGUUUACUGUAGACUAGCCGAAACUUGGGUGGGUUGGCGCAUGUUAUAUUACUACUUUUUCUUUUUCCUUUCUCCUUCAUUUAGUCAUUGAGAAAUUCAGAGUCUACAGGAACCACCUCAAUAUUUCCUGGUCCUCUUGAAAAUUUUAGCAAUAAAUAGACCAUAAGCCACAAGUUGAUCUAUCGAUCAGUACUUCUGCUGGCGUACGACAGCAGCGUCGCCUUCUAUACCCAACCUAAGUUAGAGUGUGCUGAACUGUCUUCCCCGCGUUAUACCCUCCCAUUAGCAUCUAACGUAGUGGGCGGGUAGUGCUUGCGGGGUUGCGGGGUGACCGGG